UUGUUUAUUGAUCAAGCUUCGUUGCUUAGGAACGAUUUUACUUGAUUUUAACCAAUGAAAUGUAAAAUAAAAAUUUGUAGAAAAACAACGAAAAUAAAAAAUGUAAACUAUUUUUUUUUAAUCUUGUAAAUUAUAUUCUUGAAUAAUGGUGAAUGAACGUGAAUUUUGGUCAGAAAUUCGAAAAAAUUUACCAAAAUAUAAAAAGAAAAAGCCAAGAGUUGUUCCUGCUUUUACAAUUCAAGCAAUGCAGGAAAAUACUGUUGUAGCGAAACCGCCGAAAAUUGGUGUUUACGAUCCAAAACCACCAAAACCAUCAACAUUUCGAAAAUAUUACGAGAGAGGGGCAUUUCCAAUUUCACUUGAAGAUGAUGGCAAUGGACAGAGAAUCAGUUGGAAAGUUCGAAUAGAAGAUUUAGAUUUUCAUUAUUAUCUACCAAUGUUCUUCGAUGGUUUAACAGAAAUUGAAGCGCCAUAUAAAUUUCUCGUUGAACAAGGAAUUACCGAAAUGCUCGAACAUGGAGGGACAAAAAUUCUUCCAGUUGUACCACAACUUAUUAUUCCAAUUAAAAAGGCAUUGAAUACAAAAAUUCCCGAAAUAAUAUGCAUGACAAUGAGAGCAAUUCAGCGUCUUGUACGUUCAGGCGAUUGUAUUGGAGAAUCAUUGGUACCUUAUUUUCGACAAAUUCUUCCCAUUCCUAAUUUGCUCAAAGAUAAAAAUGUAAAUCUUGGAGAAGGAAUCGAUUAUUCUCAGCAACGUGGUGAAAAUCCAUCGGAUUUAAUUCAAGAAACAUUGGAAAUUCUCGAAAGAUACGGCGGUGAAGAUGCAUUCAUAAAUAUCAAAUAUAUGGUCCCAACUUAUGAAUCAUGCGUUAUGAAUUAAAAGAACAGAAAAAAGUUGACAUAAAAUUCAAAAUUUUCAAAAAAAAAAAAGAAAAAGUGAUGGCAAAAUAUUUUGAAUUUCAAUUCGAGUUUAAAUUUUUCCUGAGUCCUCUUUCAAUGUGACAGUUCUAUUAAAAACAACCUGGAACAAUAUAAUGGCAAUAUUAUAACAAUAGAAUGUGAAAAAAAAUUA